CCUUGACAACCAGUUCUACCAACAUACUCCUUUGCUUAUCAGUGUUGAUGUGUCACUUGUUAUAAAAGUAUUAUUUUUUAAAAUAAUGUAGGGCUUUAAUUGAAAUAAUUUAAUAGGAAAAAACAUAGAAAAUAAAUAACUAAACAACUAAAGAAAAAUGGAGAAUGCACCUGAACAGGGUAAAAAACACAAUCUAGAAGAUCUAUCAAGGGAAGAUUUGCUGAAAAAAUGCAAAAGUUUGCUUGUAAUUGCCCAAAAAGCCAAAACUGCCAAAGAUACUUAUCAGGAAGAAAUUAACGUCCUUAAAGCACAACUUAAAAAAUCUGCAGACUAUGAGAAUGAAGCCACAAGGGAAAUAAUUGAAAACCUAACACAACAAAAAUUAUCACUGGUCACUACAAUUGAGGAAUUAAAGCAUAAAAAUCAGUUUUUGGAGAAAAAUGUUGAGCAAAUGCAGGAGAAGAUUGAUAGGUGUAGUCAGGUGGAGAAUGAGAAUGUAUCAUUCAAAAGGCAAAAUGUGAGGUUAACUGAAGAAAAUGAGCAGUUGAUAUCAGAUUUAGAGACCUUGGAAAAACAAAUAAGCGAACUUAACAAGCUUGGUUUAGAACAGCAAACGCAAUUAUUAGAACUGGAGAAAAGUAAAAGCCAAUCUAAGAAUGUUGGCGAACAUGAAACUAAAAUAAAGGAGUUGCAAAGUAUGUUGAGUAUUAGCUUGGAGGAGGUGAAAAAACUGCAUUCCGAAAAUACAAUGAGUUUACAAAAAAUAGAAGAUUUAAAAAUAAAUUUGGGUGAGAAAGAUAAAAACAUUCUUACUAUAAGUCAAGAAUUAAACUCAAAAUGUGAUAUUGUUGAAUCCUUAACUGAAGAACUGAACUUAUUGAGAACAUUUAAAUCAGAAAACAUAAGUAUUAUUGAAAAUUAUGAUAAACUAAAGUUAGAUUACAGUGAAUUGAGUAUGAAAAGUAAAGACAGUAGCAUAGCUGGGGAAGAUUUACUGGAAAUUAACAACAGAUUAAAAGAAAAACUUAAAUUAUAUCAUUCCAAACUAGUUAAAUAUGCAGGAAACAUGAAAAUACUAAAAAAUGAUAAAAAAGAGAUAUUAAGAUUGUUUAUGGUCUACACAGAUCAAGUUAAGGAUUGGGAAAAGCAACUAAAUUUAGUUGUGAGUAAAUUGCAGCAAGUUGAGAGAGAUUUUAAGAGUGAAAAAGAUGUAUUACUCGAGGAAAAUAAUAAACUUACCAAUGAGGCAAAGGAUCUGCUUAAAUUACAUGAAGACAGUAAAAACGUAGUGGAGAAAAUGAAGAAUAAGAAAGAAGCCAUCAAAAGCAAGUUAAAGGAAUAUCAAGAAUAUGUCACAGAGGCAAACAAAAAACUUGAAGGUACAUCUGAGAAAAGUGACAUCACAAAAGAGAUUGAAUCACUUAAAAACACAAUAAUAAAAUUGGAAACUGAAAAUAAAACCCUUCUGAAUGCACAAGAAAGCAUGAAACUUGAACUAGAGGAUGCAUACAAAAAAUUAAAGCAAUAUAAGGAAAAACAUCAAUCAUUUGAACGCGUUAUUUCUGAUUAUGAAGAAAAAAUCAAAAACAUGGAACAUUCCAAAAAUACUGAAGGGCAGCUGGCUGAAAUAUCAGGUGAAGAAAUUCUGAAACUUGUGGAGGAAAAUAAGGAACUCAAAGAAAAUUUCAACAAAGUUCAGCAAGAAUUGGACACCAUAAACAGAAUAAGACGACAAUCUGUGAAUGAAGAGUGCCAAACAAAACUGCAAAAUAAUGAACAGGAUGAGCAGUUUGCAAACUUAAAAAGAGAAAAUGGAGAACUUUUACGGGAAAUGAACGAGAUGAACCAAGCUCUGAAGGAAAGAGGGGAAAGCAUAUCACAAUUGGAGGCACACUGUGAAGAAGUAAUGAAGAAAUUGCAGGUGUAUGAGACGCAAGCCAAUAAAAAUGAUGAUAAUGCGUCACAGAAAGAUGAAACUAUCAAAAAACUGACCAAGGAUAUAGAAAAUCUGCAAAAAUCCUCUAACAACGGAAACGAUAAUAAAGCAUCGGAAAUUAGAGCUCUUAAAAACGAAAUUGAGCAACUCAAGGAAAAAAUAAACUCCAACAUGGACUCCAGCUAUGCUGAAAGCGAUAUAAUGUCGACCAGCACCAUUUCAAGGGCUGAUGAGGCAAACAGACUGAAAGACCUUGAAGGGUCAUGGGAGGAGCGUUAUGGAAAACUACGCAACUUGGCUGUUAAGUUAAAAGCUAAAGUAAAAGAAUUAACAACUGUAAAUGAAAAGGAUAGCAGGGAAAAGGAAGAAUUGCAGAAAAAACUAUCGCAAAACUUGAAAACAAUCCAAACUCUACAAGGCCAAAUAGACAACCUUCAAGAUGAACUAGAACACGCAAAAAAAUAUGAAGCAAGAUUAAACACAAUAGCUGAAGAAAUAUCAAAGGAUAAACAACAAUUGGUAACAAAUGAAGAAACUAUUUCAAAACUGAAACAGGAACUAGAGCAGCUGAAAAAUGAAAAGCAAUCGACUGAAACGUGGAAAAAACAAGUAAGCGCCAAAAUACAACUACUAAGAAAAGAAUUGGAGGCCAAUACUUUGCUGAAGAAAGACUUUGAAGCUAGGAUUUCGAGGCUGAAUUCCGAUUUGGACGCCAAAGAGCAGCAGCUUAAAAGCGAGAUGGAAAAUCACAGUAAAACCAAAAACUUGCUGGACCAAUCUAGCAACGAAUGCAAAAAGAAUUCCGUGUUGAACUUGGAGAUGCAGGACUACGAGAGAAGUACGAAGGAGCUCGCGCAAAAAAUCGAGAAAAAAGAUGAGCUUAUCACAAAGCUUAAAAGUCAAGUGGAGUCGCAGAAAACAACGCUCAGUGCCUUAAGAGAGCAACACAAGAUGUUGGAAGAGAAACUUCAGAGUGGAGAAACGACUUUAACCAGCGCCUCAAGCGAGAUAAACUCGUACCGAAAGAAAAUUUCCGAGUUGGAGAACACAGUGCAAAUUAAAGAGGACAAAAUACACAGCACCACUGAUUUGCUGGAGUCUGUAAGGUCUGAAAAUGAGGAGUUAUCGACGGAGCUGUCCAAAGUGAUUGCUGAACACCAGAAAGCCAUAAAUAGUGUCAAAUCUGAGAAGGAUCACUUGAGAAGUCAGGUUUUGGGCCUUCAACAGAGUUUGAGGCAAACUCAGGGCACUUUAAAGUUGAAAGAGGACGAGUUGGAGUCGGUGAUUUCGGAGUAUGAGGGGUAUAAGGUGAGAGCGCAAAGCGUUUUGAGGCAAAAUCAAACCAGAGAUGUUGGGUUGGAGGAAAAAUUAAAUGAAGAAGUAACCACGCUAAAAUCGCAAAAUGAUUUGUUAAAUUCCAGGUUAAAGAAGUUACAGGACAACAAAACCGAUUUAGAGAAGCGAAAUGAAAAAAUCUUGUCUGAUAAAGAGGAAGUUCUCAAGAAAUUCGAAGAAUCCUCAGCUGAAGUUGAAGAUUUGAAAAAUCAAUUUGCACAACUAUCAAAUAAACAUCAGAAGGCGUUAAAUGAACAUGCUGAAACUGUCAGAAGUUUAAAGGUCCACGCUGAGACCCUUUCGCAAUGCUACAGACAGCAAAUCUCUGAGCAAGAAUCCCGACACAACCGCGAAAUAAUCGAACUCCAGAGCAAGCUGGACAAAGCCCCCACCCCCAAUGGGGACCCCAUGCUCCCCUAUCCCCCCACCACGCCCCGCGAAGAGGGGGAAGGCUCCGAGAGCAUCGAGAGCCUCGCCAACGCCGGCAUCCAGCAGCCCGUGCCUCUGGAAAGACUCCUCGGAGCUGACACGGACCGCGAAGUACACAGCUUGAGGAAAAAUCUGACCGAUCAAGAGUCCAAGGUUGUUUACUUGACCGCUCUGUUGGCCGAUACCGAGCAAGAUUUGGCCAAACACGUGCAGAUGAACAAGAUGCUCAAGGAGGAGAUAAGGAGGCAGCAAAGGUCGGUCGAAAGGGAGAAGCACGCCGAAAAUUUGGAGUACUUAAAAAAUGUUGUGUUCAAGUUUGUAACAUUAAACAGUGGCGAUGAAAGGACUCGCCUGAUCCCAGUAUUAAACACAAUAUUAAAAUUGAGUCCGGAAGAAACGCAGAAAUUGAGUUUGGUUGCUAAAGGAGACCCUGGUUUGAGAGGAUGGUCGAAUUAUCUUCCUACUUGGUCGUCGCCGACGAAACCCCAGUAAUUUUAAAUAAUGUAAAGCUUUAUAUGUAUAUAUUCCUAUAGGUAAAUAAAUAAAUUAUUAAUAUA